GCAGUACAGUCAUCCGGAAGCAAUGACCUGAUGUUACGAAAAAGAGCUGGCUGAAUGAAAAUCACCAAACUGUCAAACCAUUUCGGGGAUAGCUGAGCUAAGACAGCUGUGAUGUCUACUGAAGAGAUGAUUUCAGUAGAUUAUGAAAUAUUUGGGAGAGUUCAAGGUGUAUUUUUUCGAAAAUACACUCAGGCAGAGGGGAAAAAGCUAGGCUUGGUCGGCUGGGUGCAGAACACAGAGGCAGGAACUGUGCAGGGGCAGCUUCAAGGUCCAAGCAACAAGGUGAGACAGAUGCAGGAUUGGCUGAAGUCCACUGGGAGCCCCAAGUCACAAAUCAUCAAAGCAGAGUUCAAGAAUGAGAAAAAUGUUAAGAGCUUGGAUCACUCAACGUUCAAAAUAGUUCGCCUUUGAAUUUAUUUUAUACAGUAUUACAUUCCAAACUAAUGUGUGAGAUAUUCUUGUUAUUUAAAAUGAGGAUUGUUUUGUUACAGUUCCUGAAAUGAAAAGCUUUAGAAAUGUACUGUAAAUCAUUUAAACGUAUUUAAAUGUACGUUAGGCCUUAACUCUGAAUUGUGUGUUAACGUGUAAUAUUUAAAAUCCAUACAACUAAAAUAAAAUAUUUA